UUUACAUCUGUGCCUAAACAUGCGUUUUCCCUUUAUGGAUAUCCCAAGUCUUUAUGUUUCAUAUUUUGUUCUCACUUUUGUAACGAGUGACUUUUAAAGUUAUAUACUGAGGAUUAAAAAGACUCACAAAUCUAUUCAUUUUUAAUAAAUCACACUUGAGAAAUUAAUCUCCUAAGACGCCGAUAACUGUGUUGAACACUUUAUUCACAUGAAAUCAACAGAAGAAUUUCAAGAUCUAUGUACUGAAAAAAUUCAGCAGCCACAAAGCAUAAUACACAGUUUACUAUGUGUCGUUGUGUAACAGAUCAGAUAAAAACAUUUAAUUUUGGAUGUUCUCAUGGACAACUCAAAGUCAGAAUGACCGAUCAGCGCAUUGUGAUUAAUGUUAGUGGUCUUCGCUUCGAAACUCAUACUGACACUCUAAAUCGUUUCCCAAAUACACUACUUGGAUGCCCGUUCCGAAGAAGCCGUUAUUAUGAUUCUCUUAGAAAUGAAUAUUUUUUUGACCGCAAUCGUCCAAGUUUUGAUGCAAUACUCUAUUUUUAUCAGAGUGGUGGAAGACUUAGAAGACCUGUUAAUGUACCAAUAGAUGUUUUUACGGAGGAAAUAAAAUUCUAUGAUCUAGGGGAAGAAAUUUUCGAACGUUAUCGUGAAGACGAAGGAUUCACUAAAGAGGAUAUCCAUAUUCUGCCUAAAAAUAAAUUCCAAAGGAAAGUUUGGUUACUUUUCGAAUACCCCGAGAGUUCAACUGCAGCACGAUGUGUAGCUAUUGUUUCCUUAUUAGUCAUUCUUAUAUCAAUUAUUAUAUUUUGUGUUGAGACACUACCACAUUUUAGGCACUAUGAACUUCAAUUUAUCGAAGAUUCUAAUGAACUACCAAUAAUUUCUGCUGUUGAUACUCCUCAAGUUACAGGAACACUAUUUAUUUUAGAAUCUAUAUGUGUUGUAUGGUAUACCUUUGAAUUAUUAAUACGUUUUGCAGCUUGUCCACAAAAGUUAGCAUUUUUUAGACAGGUAAUGAAUCUUAUCGAUGUGGUAUCAAUUAUUCCUUAUGCUAUUUCAAUAGGGGCACUUUUAGCUGAAGCUAACAAAGGCCAAAAUCAAGCUAUGUCAUUAGCAAUUUUAAGAGUGAUCAGGCUUGUCAGAGUUUUUCGCAUAUUUAAAUUAUCACGUCAUUCUAAAGGACUACAAGUUCUAGGGAGGACACUCAAAGCAAGUUUUCGUGAAUUAUGUUUACUUUGUUUCUUUUUAUUUGUUUGUGUGGUUCUGUUUUCGGCUGCAGUUUAUUUUGCUGAAGUCGAUGCUAGUGAAGAACAAUUUCCAAGUAUUAUUGAUGCAUUUUGGUGGGCAGUAGUGACAAUGACUACAGUAGGAUAUGGAGAUAUGAGACCUGUAACAAUGUGGGGAAAGAUUGUAGGUUCAAUGUGUGCAAUUGCAGGUGUCCUAACUAUAGCACUUCCUGUACCCGUUAUUGUAUCAAACUUUAAUUAUUUUUAUCAUAGAGAGUCAGAAAGUGAAGAACUAACUACUUAUGUCCAUGUCUCAGAUGAUCAAAAGGGUUUUAAUUAUCCCGAUAAUAAAGCUUUAGGUAAUUUUCAUGAUGAAACACUUGAGGAUAGAAAUGAAGAAAAAUACAAAGGAAGGAAGGCAGCAGUAAUUUUACGACAAUCUUUUUCACAACCAUCUGAUCGUGAAAGACUUUCUUCUGUAUUAAGUAGUACUUUAAAAAAUCUUGAAGUAGAACAUGAGGAGGUAUCCAGUUGUAUAGAUUCAUUAGGUGAAUUAGACAAUCUAUGCAUGGAAGCAAGAAAUUCUCAGGUGAAUACAAAUCAAGCCUCUAUAUCAUACAGACAUCAUCAUCAAGCUUUUCAAGAGGUUAUGCAAAAACACGAUAUGCAAACACAGCGAUUUAAAGAUCUAUAUCCUCAACAACUGAUAGCAUCUAAUAACAAAAGAAUUUCACUUCUAACUCAUUCAACAGUUUUUCCAGAAGAAUCUUGUUUGAACAAAACCUGA